AACUGUAGAGCUACUCGACGCUGUAUAAAAAAGAAAAAGAAUUGAAACGGGGAGCCGGAGUUGGACGAGCUCAGAUUACUUUAGUUAUUAAGUUCUUGAAUAGAAGGGUCAGAACUGUGAACGUCCGUUAUUUCAAUAAUGGAACAAAAUACACUCGCAACAAAUUUCAUUAUUGGCUGCAUUUUCUGGCCAGCAUCAUUUCAUUUGAUAUGGUUUCUGCUGUCUUUCGUACUUUCCGACUCAAGAGCCUGUGGAACUGCGAUGCGACUGGUGUCUAUUAUUCAUGCUAUCUUAGCUGCGGCUGUGGGAACUAUAUCAGUCAGGGCUACAUACAAAGACAUCAUUCAUGAUGAUCACUGGCUGUUAAACUACUUUGCUGCAUUUGCCUAUCCGUACAUGCCAUACGACACUUAUGCCAUGUACCAUGCCUACAUACGGGAAAAAAACAAGCAAGAUCAACCCUUUUUCACAAGAUUGACAUCAUUUAUAAAAGCAUUAAAAUUGGAAGUUUUUCAUCAUGCAAUCUCCACAUUCCUGGGCUAUCCCAUUAUACUUCGCUAUCGUCACAACAAAGGAACCUUUAUUGUAGGAUGUGUCUACAUUACAGAAUACAGCACACCAUUUGUGAACUUGAGAAAGAUUCUUAUUAAGAAUGGUUAUGGGUCCUCAUUGAUGUUCAGUAUCAACAACCUUCUUGUCCUGAUAAUGUUCUUCCUGGUAAGAGUAGCUCUCUGGCCUGCUAUGUAUGUCAUCUAUGCUAUCAACAAGCAGCAAACAUUCUCUCAGGUCUUAGUAAGUGUUCCUUACGGGUGCCACAUAGCCAUGACAAUAGUGAUGGCUCUCCAGACUUCAUGGUAUGUUAUUUUUUGCCGUGGAUUCUUCAAGGCACUUGGGAAAAACCCAAAGCAAGAUUCAGUCGGUACAAAGCGAGAUUGAUUCUGUCCAGGAACUUUCGCCCAGUACCCUUUUCAUAUGGCUUGUUUUAAACAGUA